CGAUCAGUGCGUGAAAGCGCUUUACCGCCGUGCCGUGGCAAAUGAGCGUCUCAAAGAAUACGCAAAUGGACUGGCGGAUGUGAAAAAGGCGCUCAAGAUUGUUCCUGAGGACACGGACUUCUUAAAGGAGUCUGAGGGUUUAGAGGUGCAGCAGAAAAGGAAAAAGAAAGAAAUAAAAGAAGAAAAAGGAAAUGGAAAAGAAAAUGAAAAAGAAACUUCUCUUUUAGAAGCAGCAGCAGGGCCCGACGAGCAGCUCGCAGCAGUACUCUCCCCCGCGCACAGCAGCAGCAGCAGCAGCAGCAGCAGCAGCAGCAGCAGCAGCAGCAGCAGCAGCAGCAGCGGCGCGAGCACUUCGAGCCGCUCCGGGGGCGAAGUGACCCUAGCGGGAGUCCCCAGCAGCAGCAGCAGCAGCAGCAGCGGAGGCCGCAGCAGCAGCAGCAGCAGCAGCAGCAGCAGCAGCAGCAGCAAGGGCGCUGCUGCUGCUGCAUGCAGCGUGGCCGUGAGCUCCGUGUCCGUAGCAGCAAACUUCGUGUCUUCGGAAUGCUUGGGGGGCCCCUUUUAUGUGCGCAGCAGCAAAAAGGGUUUUUCUUAUUUUUUAAAAAGAAGACUUUUAUUUACUAAUCAAGGAGACGCAGACAAAGAAGUCCUUUUGUCCAUCACAGACGCAGAGUUCCUCCCCGAGCAGCAGCAGCAGCAGCAGCAGCAGCAGCAGCAGCAGCAGCAGCAGCAGCAGCUGCAGCAGCAGCAGCAGCAGCAUGCGCCCUCGGGCGCGGGGGCGGCCGGCAGCAGCAGCAACAGAGAACAGGCGCAGCAACUCGCUAACGCCGUGCAGGCCUUCAGGAAAGAACACCCCAACGCCCACCCGGAGGUGAUUUUGCUGCUGGAAAGCCCGCGAACUGCUGCUGCUGCUGUCGACUACUCCGUGCCUUCUCUCUUGAUGAAGUCGGAAGGAAAACAAACCCUAAAAAUGAUCUACGUGGAAAGCCCGACGGCUGCGAGGGAGGGCUAUGCUGGCGAGGCCAACGACGAGAGCCAGUGGGGCUAUUCGGCAGCCAAGUGCAAAGAAGCUUCUGAACUCGGAGCCGCGGGAGACCCUAGCGUCGUUGUUGGCAUAGUCAGUAACGCCGUGGCAGACCACACGGAUUUAGCUGGCAAAGUGCUGGUGGUGGCAUCGGACAACAUUCCAGCAGAACAUGCCGCUGCCGCUGCUGCUGCUGCUGCUGCAGCUGCUGCUGCUGCUGCUGCAGCUGCUGCAGCUGCUGCUGCAGCUGCUGCUGCUAGGCGUGUGGGGUCUUUUGUGUUUCUUGCUGCUGCAGAAACUGCGGAAGUGGGGGAUGAUGCAACUCACGUCGCAGGCAUUAUUGCUGCUGCUCCGGGAGCAGCAGCAGUUCCCGGCUGCGCCCCAGAAAGCCGAGUGCUGUCUGCGGCCUUUGCGGACUCUUCGGGCAGGGGAACGACAGCGUCGCUUUUGCGCGCGAUCGACAGCUCCAUAGAGCAGGGGGUGUCUGUGCUGCUGAACAGCUGGCAAGCAACAGCAGCAGCAGCAGCAAGCAGCAGCAGCAGCAGCAGCAGCAGCAGCAGCAGCAGCAUAUAUCGGGCCUUGUCUUUUGCUGCUAAGGCCAACGGAGGCAGGGGAAUUCUUAUUAUUAAUGCAGCAGGUGGAAGUCAAAAAGAAAUCGCCGAAGACAAAACUUUAUAUCCCGUCUCCCUAGACAUAAAUAACACAAUCAACGUUGCUGCUCUGUCGCCGAGCGGGUCGCUGGCUAGCUACAGCAACUACGGGGAGUCUGUACACCUGGCGGCUCCUGGAGAGAAGAUUUUGUCUUCAGCUUCGAAUAAUGAUCACAAGUACCGAGCAGCAACAUCUGCUGCUGCUGCUUUUGUUGCAGCUGCGGCGGCGCUGGUGUUUGGAGUGUUCACUGAGUUGAGAAGUGCAGCAGCAGCAGCAGAAGUGAAGGAACUUUUGAAAGCAACAGCAGCAGCAAAACAAACGCUGCAGCAGCAGACCCAGUGGGGCGCUGCAGUCGACGCAGCAGCCGCUGUCAUGGCUGCACAACUCGGGGGGGCUUUCAUUCAAGUGGACUGUAACGACAGGAAGUUUCUUUUGAAGCCAAGAGAGUCUCGAGUGGUUUCUGUUUAUGUGCGGGCUUUCAUUCCCGGAGACUUCAAGGCGCUGUUGAGCGUGGGAGUGAGGCCGGCGGAGCAGUUCUCGGGAGAAGCAAAAGAAGGCCAAAUUCCAAUUUGGUUUAACAGUUUUAAAUUUAUAAGUGCAGAAGAAAAAGAAGAAAGUGAUUUGAUAUCUUUGGAAGCAGAAACAGCAUUCGAAGAUCUGCUGCAGCAGCAGCAGCUGCCAGACUCAGAAAAAGACCAGGAAGACGAAAAAGAUGGUUUUGAAAGCUCUGGAGAAAUAAAUUUGCAAAAAGAAUUCGAAAAGGAAAACGAAAAGUUCUGCCAAGUGCAGAAGGGUUUCGUGCGGGUCAUCAGUGUGCGCGAUCUGCGCGCGGAAGAAGAACCCGAGGAAGGCUCCGGAUACACCGGAGCCAUCGUGGCCGGAGCCAGCAUUUCCCUUUUAGCCAUCGGAGGCGUUUUCUAUUUUGUCCAAAAGAAAAUGUAA